AUGACUCACACCAACCUUACCGUCUUCCACCCUGCAGUUUUUAUCCUCCUUGGUAUCCCUGGGUUGGAGGCUUAUCACGUUUGGCUGUCGGUACCCUUCUGCCUCAUGUAUAGCACUGCAGUCCUGGGGAACAGCAUCCUGAUAGUGGUCAUCAUCACAGAACGUAGCCUUCACGAGCCCAUGUACUUCUUCCUCUCCAUGCUGGCCAUCACGGACAUCCUGCUGUCCACCACUACAGUACCCAAGGCCCUGGCCAUCUUUUGGCUCCAUGCUCAUGACAUUGCCUUUGAGGCCUGUGUCACCCAAGUUUUCUUCGUCCAUGUGAUGUUUGUGGGGGAGUCAGCCAUCUUAUUGGCCAUGUCCUUUGACCGCUUUGUGGCCAUCUGUGCUCCCCUGCAUUAUACAACAGUGCUGACAUGGUCCACUGUGGGAAGGAUUGCUCUGGCCAUUGUCACUAGAAGCUUCUGCAUCAUCUUCCCAGUGAUCUUCUUGCUGAAGCGGCUGCCCUUCUGCCGGACCAACAUCAUCCCCCAUUCUUACUGUGAGCAUAUUGGCGUGGCCCGCUUGGCCUGUGCUGACAUCACCAUUAACAUCUGGUAUGGUUUCUCAGUGCCCAUUGUCAUGGUCAUCUUGGAUGUGACCCUCAUCGCUGUGUCGUACUCUCUGAUCCUCCGAGCGGUGUUUCGUUUGGCCUCGCAGGAUGCCCGGCACAAGGCCCUGAACACCUGUGGCUCCCACCUCUGUGUCAUCCUCAUGUUUUAUGUUCCAUCCUUUUUUACAUUAUUGACCCACCGCUUUGGGCAUAACAUUCCUCGACAUGUCCACAUCCUGCUAGCCAAUCUUUAUGUGGUGGUGCCGCCAAUGCUCAACCCCAUUGUCUAUGGUGUGAAGACUAAGCAGAUCCGGGAGGGUGUAGCCCACCGGUUCCUUGACUUCAAGGCCUAG